AUGGAGCGGUACCAGUCUCUGGGUCUGGUUGGGGAGGGCAGUUAUGGAACGGUCCUGAAGUGUCGUCAUCGAGGCUCCGGUCGUCUGGUCGCCAUCAAGAAGUUCCUGGACUCUGACGACGACAGGACGGUGAAGAAGAUCGCCCAGAGGGAGAUCAAGCUGCUGCGGCAACUACGUCAUGACAACCUGGUCAACCUCCUGGAAGUGUGGAAGCGCCGCCGCCGCUGGUAUCUGGUCUUUGAGUUUGUGGAACGUACGCUUCUGGAUGAACUGGAGCAAAACCCCAACGGACUGGACCUGAACACCAGCCGGCAGUACCUGUUCCAGAUCCUGAGGGCUGGUGCCUUCUGUCACCAACAAAAUAUCAUCCACCGGGACAUUAAACCAGAGAACAUCUUGAUCUCUCACAGCGGUGUUAUCAAACUUUGUGACUUCGGUUUCGCUCGGACCGUGGCGUCGCCGGCCGAGGGUGGAGUCUACACCGACUACGUGGCCACUCGCUGGUACAGACCACCUGAACUCCUGGUAGGAGACACCAAGUAUGGAAAACCAGUGGAUGUAUGGGCUGUUGGAUGUCUGUUCAUGGAAAUGUUGACCAGUCAGCCUCUGUUCCCUGGAGACUCCGACCUGGACCAAAUACAUCACAUCGUCAGGUGCUUUGGUCAUCUGACGUCUCAUCAUCAGGAGUUGUUCUACACGAAUCCUGUUUUCACUGGAGUCAGACUUCCACAAUGUUUCAGUGUAAUCCCAUUACAGCAGCGAUUCCCAACACUUCCACCCACCGCCCUGGAUCUGGCACAGAGAUGUCUUCAAAUGGAUCCAGAUGAACGAGCUCAGUGUUCAGAACUCCUGGAACAUCUUCUGUUCACUCAGGACUCUUUCCACAUCAGGUUCUCAGAUGAGCUGAACGCUAAGAUCCAGAAAGACCACAGAGAGAACUCUACUCUUCCCAAAAUAUUAAAAACUGCCAGACAUGUAAGGGACGACGGGGAGGAGAAGGAAAGAAGAGGUAAAGACAAGAAACAAGCUGAAGACGUGGAUGACAAAGUCCUCAAAGAGAAAGGGAAACCAGACAAGGAGGCUGGUGAAGACAAAAGUACAAAAACUAAAAACAAGCAGUCAUCAAAGCUGUCGAAAGCGCUUCGGAAUACCUCUGAACCCCUGAUGACCACCAAACCAUCCAAAACUGCGGGCGCUAAAGGCAUUGAUAAUGGAACCCCCAUGGUGAUGAAAAGUAAACCUGGAAAGGCUGGUGACGCAGGGUGGAAGACUGAACGUACGAUGUCUGAUUCCACUAAAACAUCUAACAAUACAACAACUCUGAAGGACAAUCACACAUCAACAGCAAAAUGUAAAAAUGGGAAAGUUGCUUCUCCAGAACAAAGACAAGCUCAGUCCCAAUGUUUGGAGGAUGCAAAAGGUUCCAGUUGUUCCUUAAGUCAAACCGUGGCUGCCUUAAAACCACAGAGGUCUCCUAAGUCAGAGCCAAGUCCAAAGUUUGUGAAGAGCUUUGACACAAACACGGUCAAGCUGAGUGAACGCUCAACCACUCCAAAUCCAGAUGGAGGUUCAACUCCAGUCACUUCUUUGGACUUACUGGUUCCCCACACUGGUAUGAACACAAAACUGAAGAUAGGUCCAAUGUCUACUACUGCCUCAACAACAGUCAUGUCUAAAAUGUCCAACAGUACUCCAACGCCUCAAGUAUCUAAAGAGUCAAGUAGUGACAACACCCCAAGUGUAGACCACAUCACUAAGGCCUUUGAGACGGCUUCAGUCUCCAAGCAUCAGACACACGAAUUGACCAUGGACAAAGACAGAAGUGUCUCUGAAACUGUGAAGGGUUUACAAUCCAAGCUGUCUGAGGCUUCUUCAAACUUUGGUCCAAAAACAGUCAAAACCACCACAUCUUCCUCCUCCAGCCUUCAGAAGAGUUCUCUCUCUGUUUAUCAGGUAACUUCAAAUCCAAAGUUUUCCAAAAAUUCUUCAACUUCAGACUCUAAAAGCCUAAAUGACCCCAUGCUGACACUCGAUAAGCCUUCAAAGGGCCCACCAGCAGACAGAGGACACAAUACAACAUCCACUGCAAGUAAAAACCAGCAGGAGAGUUCUGAUACUUCAAAUAAAGACGUCAAGGAUGGGUCAACAGAUAGCCUUCCUCCCAAAACAGGGACAGACAACAACCACCGAUCCGAUGCUUCAGGACGGGGUGGAAACGAGCAGCCUCAUUCAUGUGAGGACUACAGUGUCCAUCAGCAGAACCACUACAAAUCCAAACUGUCCACAGAAUCCCAAACACCAGAUACAAACCCAACUCCUAACUCUGAGCCGUCACAUUUCCCCAAAGCGCCGAAAGUCUUUGAUAAGGAGAACACAGAGGACCUAGCUCUGUUUCUGUCCACGACUGCAUCAACCAAAUACGUAGGAAAUCAAACCUCAAAGGUUUCCGUAAACUUGAACAAUGAGCAGAAGAGCCACAACAGUCAACCUGACCCAGAAGUCAAAGUGUUCCACACCAAACCUCUGACUGUAGAACCUAAGACGAAGGUCAGCUCUUUUGGGAACCAAAGUCGAUCCACUGCAGCUACGACCUCCAGGACUCUAAAACCAUUUCCUACAGAUCCAGAGAGGAAAGGGGACCAUCUGGAGCAAAAGGACGCAAGAAAUCCAUCCACAGAAUCUGACUCAGGUUCAGGAACGUCUACAGUGACUCCUGAACAAAGGGAUUUGACCAGAACUGCAGUCCUUCACCAUAUGGACCCUACAGAACCAGAUGAGUGCAACCCAAACCCAUGUUCUUCUACACCUCCUCCUCCUCCUCCUCCACCUUCAUCCACUCCUCUCCUCCUGCUCCCACCCUCCACACCACUGGGCGCCUCCUUCUCUGUGGCCCCUCCCUCCACUCCACUGGGCCCCUCCUUCUCUGUGGCCCCUCCCUCCACUCCACUGGGCCCCUCCUUCUCUGUGGCUGGAACCAACAGACUGGCAGCUGGAAGUGAACACCUGAGCCUGGGGACUAGCUUUCCUUCCAACAGCCUGAGGUGA